AUGGAUUUAUUUAAAAAAAUCUUUUAAUUAUAAAAUGAUGAAGAAAGUAAAAGUAAACAUAAAAAAUUGAUAAAUUAUGACAAUAAUGAAAAGUAUGAAGGUCAAACAAAUAAGUAGGGAGCUAGGCAUGGAUAAGGUAUGAUGCACUAUAACAAUGGAGAUAAAUAUGAAGGUGAAUGGUAUAAUAAUCUGAGAUAAGGAUAGGGUAAAUAAUACUAUUAUAAUGGAGAUUUUUAUACUGGAUCAUGGAAUAAAGAUAAAAAAGAAGGCCAUGGUUAAUAUUUCUAUUCAAAUAAUGAAAGAUAUGAAGGUGAUUGGUCUAAUGAUUUAAGACAUGGAAAAGGAAAGUAUUUUUAUAGAAAUGGAGAUAUUUAUGAUGGUUCAUGGGUGAAAGGGAAAAAAGAGGGUAAAGGAAGAAUGACAUACUACAAUAAUGAAGAAUAUGAUGGCGAUUGGUUAAAUGAUAAAAAGCACAUCAAAAAUAGUACUCAAAAUAAUGAAUCAAAAGAAGAAAAUAACCAUAAGAGAAGAAAAAAUGGAUAAGAAGAUAAUUCAAAUACUAAUUCUUAUGAAGAGAAGAAUUCAAUUGAUUAGAUAAGAAAAGUAAUCUCUAACGGCUCAGAAAGAAAAAAUAGUUCUCCUAAAAAUAAAAAGAGUAUACAAGAUGAUAAAGAUUACGAAUAUGAUUACAAUAAGCCUAGCUCUAAUAAUAUAAAAGAAGAAAUUUAAAACAAUCUAUUUAGCAAUAAUUAAAUAAAUUCAAAUAUUUUAGAAAGCUAGCAACUGCAAUACACAAAUCAAUAUCACAGUAAUAGAGACAAUGACUUCGCUAUAGCUACAAAUGUAGAAGAAAGUGUUUCUAAAUCUAAUAUAAUUGCAACUGAGGUUAAUGACACAUAUCGAACGAAUGGAUAGAGUUUAUAGAUUUCUAUAGAUGAUAACAAGGCUAUUGAUAUAUUAGAUAUUAUGGAGAGCUAUGAAAUAUUAAAUAAUUUCCCUUAAGAUUUAAGAGAAUGGAAUACGGGACACAUUUGCAAGUGGCUAGAUUCAAUAGGUUUAGGUGAAUUCAGCCCUUCUUUUGAAAGUAAUUAAAUAUGUGGAUAGAGUAUUUGUAUGCUAACCGAGUAAGAAUUAGAGCAAUCAAUAGGAAUGAAGGCUUUAGGUAAAAGAAAAAUCUUUUUGAAGUAUUAAGAAAUGCUCAAAAAGUACUAUAACAAGAAAUUAAGUAAAGACAUUAAGCAAUUCAUCCAUAAGCAUUAGUCUAGAUUCAAAAAAGGAGAGAAGAGUUUAUAGUUUCUCAAGCAAAAUUAAUAAAACUACAGAAGUAUAAGGGAAGAGGACGAAAGUAUUUCUUCUCACAAAAAUUCCUUAAAUUCUAAUUAAAUAAAUCAAAUGGAAAAUUUUAUGCUGCUUGAAGAAGACGAAGAUGAAGAUCAUAGUGGAGGUAAAAAACAGAAGGAUAAAGACAAAAAAAAUAACAGCUACAGAAAUUCAGAUGAUGAAUAAAAUAAAGAAAAAAACGAAAAUAAUAAAAAAAAUUAAAAAAUAAAGAAAAAAAAGAGAGAUAAAGGAAGUAACAAUAGUUCAUCUAACGAUGAAAGCGACUAUUCUUAAUCAGAUAACUAAAAAGUCAGCGGUUUAAGGAGCAGAGAGAAUUCUGGUUCUAAUUUAGUAAAUGUAAAGGAAGACCAAAAAGAAAAGAAACAAAAAAGAAAUUCUCCUUAGUAUUAGUAUAUCAACAAUAACAACAACAAUUUUGAAGAAAAUUACAAAUACAAAUAAAAAGACAAAUCUAAAAAUUUUGCUGGAGACGAAGAUGAAGAAAUUCAUAAGUUUUUAAAGUUUUAAAAGAAUAAGUCCUAGACAGAGUAACAAAAGCAUCAUAAUAAUCAUAUAUCUAAAGUUUAAUCAGACUCAACAUAUAACUCACAUAAGUUAAAAAUUCAAUAAAUAAAUAACGUCUACUGUGAAGACAAGCUAUUUUAAGAUAUUAAAGUUGAAAAAAAAUAGAACCAUAAAUAGUCUGGCGAUUAUGCUCAAAAUAUCUAAUCAGAAUCUUUACUCACAGAGUAAAACUAAGAGCUAGCUUACACGAUAUCCAAUGGGAAUUAUUAAAAUUAAGAUAUUCAAACAGCACAAGACUUAAAUUAAAAUAAUAUUUAAGAAGAAGAAAUAAAAAAUUAAAAAUAAUUAUCAAAAGAGGUAAACAAAACUCAAAGUCUUGACAAUUCAUAUGUUAAAAAGAAAAAGAAAGAUGAUAAACUUGGCCCAAGAGAUGGUAAAUUUAACAAUAAUAGUAUAGAGUCCAUUGAUACCUUAGAGCAAAAAUAACAUAAAUCUGAUGAUGCUGCCUCAGUAAAUUAAAUGAACAGCCCUGAUAUUAGAUAAAACGAUUUGAUUAAAUCUUUGCAACCGGAUUUUAUCAACACAAAGCCAUUCAUUUUAAAUUUUAAUUAAUCUAUUAACUAAAAUGAAAACACUCUUUUUAAGCUUGGAAUAUAAAAAGAUCUUUUCAUAAGUGACAAAAAUGACAGUCAAAAAACUGGAUUGACAAAAAUUACAUCUUCAAACUAAUCAGGUGGUUAAACUUUGAUUAAUUAAUCAUCAGGGGCAAUUGGAAAUCCUACAGCUCAAAAUUCGAGUGUCGAAAAUAACUCUGGUUAAAAUAAAGGAAUGUAAAUAAGCAACAAUCAGCUUUCUUCUUCCAGCUCUUCUUCUGAUGAGUCUUCAGAUAAUGAACCUAAUAAGCAAGUAGUAAAUAAGAGAUCAAAGGGAGAUGGAGGUGCUUCUAUAUCGAGCUAAGAUUCAGAUACAAAUUCAAAACUUAAACAAAGAUAGACACCUCAAUAAAAAUUUAAAAAAGAAAAUACAAAAGAUGGAAGCAGAAACCCUAGCAAAGAUAAAGCUACUCCUCAAAUUAAACAUAAAGAUAAAGAUAAAGAUAAAAUGAAAGAAGUUAGUAAAGAAAAAUCAAGGUUAAGAAGAGAAGAAAAAUAAUAAUAGUUGGAUUAACUACUGAGAGACAUGGGUAUCAAUAAAAAACUUAUUAUAAAUUACUAAGAACUUGAUUUUGGAAAAAAAAUCGGAGAAGGAAGUUAUGGUUAAGUAUUCAAAGGUACAUGGGCCAAAACUCAAGUUGCUAUUAAAUAAUUCGGAAAAUAAAAUUCGAAAUUCCACCUUAGAAAAGUUUAAGAUUUUAUAUCAGAAGUUCGUGUUAUAAACAAUCUAAGACACCCAAACAUCGUUUUAUAUAUGGGUGUUUGCUUUUAUCAGUCACAAUAUUUUAUGAUUACAGAAUAUUUACAAGAAGGUUCAUUAUACGAUCAUUUACAUAUCAAGCAUACAGCUUUUAGCGAAGCUAAAUAAAUUGAUAUGAUAGAAGAUAUGGCAUUAGGAAUGGUAUAUUUACAUGGAAGAAAAGUAAUGCAUUGUGAUUUGAAGAGCUCAAACGUUUUAAUAGAUGAAAAUUGGAAUGUUAAGCUUUGCGAUUUUGGGCUUUCAAGAAUUAAAUCAACACUGAAUAAAAAGAAAAAUGCUCGUAAAAAUGAAGGCUUAAUUGGAACUCCAUAAUGGAUGGCACCAGAAAUUAUGAGAAGAGAGUAAUAUUAAGAGCAUUCUGACGUCUACUCGUUUGGCAUGAUUAUGUGGGAAAUUGCUACGAGAAAAGUACCUUAUUUGGGUCUAUCUCAUUAGUAAAUUUAUGGUACUGUAGGAUAUGAUGAAAAUUAUUAAGUAGAAAUACCUGUAAGAGGAAUACCUAGAUAUUUGAAUCUAAUGAAAAAAUGUUUAAGAAGAAACCCAUAAGAAAGACCUACUUUCUAAGAAGUAGUUGAAGAAAUUUUUAAAAUAAAAAAAGAUCUUAAAGAUAAUAAUAAAAAAUAAGUAGUAAAAGAAAUCAUAAGAUUCUUUGAUUGA